GAGUUGAGACUGUCAACCUCGAGAAAAGUUUCCUCACUGAUUCCGCAACCUGAGAACACCGCCAACGCCCUUUGAAGACGAAGAGGAAAGCCAAGAUAGUGAUACCCAUUGCCCAGUGAUGAGCAGAGGAGGAGGUGGUGGUGGAAGAGGAAGGAGCCAUGGUAAUUACACGAACCCCUGCUUGACCAUGCACCAACCAUGGGCUUCCCUGUUAGUUUAUGGGAUCAAGCGCAUUGAAGGCAGGUCAUGGCCUGCUCCUAUUCGAGGCCGCCUUUGGAUUCAUGCUGCAAGUAAAGUUCCAGAAGAAGCUACAAUCAAAGCAAUGGAGGACUUCUAUAAGGAAAUCUAUGCAGUGAAUGGCAUUACUGAAAUUAAGUUUCCAAAGCAUUAUCCUGUUUCGAGACUUUUAGGGUGUGUUGAAGUGGUUGGCUGUGUUAGACGCGAAGAACUUGCAAGCUGGGAGGCAGUACCUGAAGGGGCAAGGUUAGAAGGACAAACUGAUUUUUGCUGGCUUUGUGAAGAGCCACAGAAAUUGUUAGUUCCAUUUGAGAUGCGAGGCUAUCAAGGUGUUUAUAACUUGGAAAAGAAGAUAUAUGAAGCUGCUGUUAGAGGGCUCGCCCCAGUUAAAGGUCCAAUGCCAGUAAAAUUUCCCCUUCCAAAUCCUCGCAAUCGUUUUUCCUUAAAACCAGGGUCUGUUUUGAUGCAAUUACCUGAGAAAGCAUCUGAAGUGGAGAAAUCAUCAAGUCUCACAGCAGCCAUUGCUGGUGCACGUGCGGCAGCUAACCAGUUCAACAAAAAAGUUCAAGAACCGUUAGUAAAUACCGUCCAGAAUACCAAUUCUAAUUCCGGACGAAGUGACCAAGUGAACAGAAAGGCUCUGGAAGUACAUAGAGAACCUUCAGUGUCAAAUGAGACAGAGCAAAGCAAUUGCAUAAAGUGUGAGAAAAGCAGGUGUGGUCAAACUCGUCCAGAUAUGAAACGGCUUCAUGGAGGCCCUGCUAAGAUUUUUGCUGCCGCAGUUAGAGAGCUGAAGUUUUCCUGAUCUUAUGUUGGACCCCAUUGGAAAUGAGUUUUGCAUAGUAAUUCUCCUAUACAAGUAGUCUCCAAAAGUUUAUCGUUUCUCGCAGAGAUUCAAGUCAGCUCUUGUUCACUAGUUUAGGUUUACAGUAAAUAUAUUUUGAUAGAAUUACGUAUUAGGAUUCAAUAAUGGUAAGAUGCAUAGAUUUUUACAGAGUUGAGAUUGUCGGAAGGAUUUUAAACUUGGAUGUAUUUCACUCACAGAAUUGUCUUAAUGUAUGGGAACUUCAAAAUGUUUGUCUAUGAGAAAUUCUUUCUUGA